AUGGGCUUCCUGCUUCUUCAGCUCCUCAUGGGUCUGAGCCUUGGACUAGUGCCCAGUGCUGAUGCCUGCCUGCAGUGUGAAGCCUCCAUCCGCCAGGGUCUGGCCAGGGCCAGAGAGCGCCUCAUGGCCCAGAACUUCCGUAAUGAGCGGCUGCAGGCCCGAGCCCAGGCCCUGCUGCUGGGCAUGGAAAAAGAAUUCUUUGUCAACUAUGCCACCCAAGCUUAUAUGGGGAGAGUGGGACUAGGCCAGUUCUCGCCAGUGGUGGCUCUAGCCCAGCAAAAGAUUCAGGAAAUCCAGGAGACGUACCUGACUGAUGAGCCACUGCUGGACAAGUUGGUGAGAGUUCGGGGGGACCUGAUGAAGUCCCUGAAGAGGGCUCUGAAAGAACACCAGCAAAAAGCCUGUGACCCCAACGCUUGCCGGGACCGCCAACCCCGGCUUGCCCUUCGCUAUGGAGUCCAGGGAGUCCUUGUGAGAGAUGGAAACAAGAAUGCCAGGAUCGUGGUGGUGUGUCUGGGAAUCAUCACCUUUGGGGUCCUGGCAGCCACAUUAAACGCAGUGCGGGAUCUGAAUGGCCUCCCAGUGGCCAACCUGAGCCUCCACCCCAGGGCUAAGCCCACCCCUUGGUUAUUUUCUGAUUCCACACCUGGGAUCACCCUCUCCCAGUAG